UUAGGCAAAACCAUGUGAUCUUUUGCCAAUUUCUUCACCUGAUAUGUUUGCCAACUUCACACAUUAAUCUUCUUUAUUACCAAUUUGAGGAUUGAAGUGUCUGUAUAUAUAGUCUAGUUCUCCAUCUUCCAUUUCAAACGCAAGUCAGUUUCAUUUUCAAUACACUUUAAAGCUUCAAUUUAGUUCUAAAUCUUACAAAUUCUUUGUGUUUAAAUAUGGGAAGAGGAUUAGUUGGAAUAGCUAAUGCCAAAGAGAAGCUUAGACGAACAAUUUCACUCAAAAAUGGAAGCAUUUCAACUACUACAAAUGAUGUUCCAAAGGGUCAUUUUGCAGUUUAUGUUGGUGAAACAUAUAGGAGAUUUGUUGUUCCAAUAUCUUACUUAAAUCAUCCUUUAUUUCAAGAUUUGUUACAUUGGGCUGAAGAAGAGUUUGGAUACAAUCAUCCCAUGGGAGGUAUUACUAUUCCAUGCAGUGAAGAUUACUUCAUUAGUCUCAUUUCUUUACUCAAGUCAUCCUAGACUUGAAAGAAUUGUAAUUCAUCUAUGAUUUUCCAUCCCAUAGGUUUAGUGAUUUUUUUUUUUUUUUUUGGGGUAUAAUCGUUCGGUAUCUGGAAUUCACUGGUGUGACUAAUCUGGAUUUGCGCCGCGUAGAACUUAUAAGAAUCCGAGACUAUUGGUUGAGAGAGAUGACUAAGUCAGCCUCACUUCAAUUUUGUAACGUAGACUGCUGUCAAGUUUGUCCCUUGUACAUCUUCCUAAGUGUAAUUUGUACAUGCACUCUUCAAAAUAGAGUUCAAAAUUAUUUUCUUUUUUGUAAUGAAUUAAUUAGGCUUUUUCAUAUGUAAACUUAAUUUUCCUUUUCUUUCUUUUAUACCCUGACUUAUUUUAACUGGACGAUGAUGGGGAAAAAAGAUCACUAGCCAUGUUAGGUGCACUGACAACCAAAAGAAU